GUUUGCGUCAAAACUUCGUGCGAAGUACCAUAGAAGUCCAGCACUUGUUAGGCUUCACGCCUCUCGUUAUCCCCGUUAACCUCGCAAAACCCUUGAUGAGGCUGGUAUACGAUAACAUGGGGCUAAAUUACUGACCUUAUUGCUAUAGGUUGUACUUGCGGUUGUUUAUUCCUCGGCGGAUUGGCCCUCGAGAUUCGUAAUUCGAGAGCACUCAGGAUCUACCUGUACUGUACAGGUAGGUAGUAUGUCCACACUCUCGAGACACAACAACAGUCUUUUCUACCCUCUCAGGGCACCGACGCCUUUUCCGCCCCACCAUCCUCCCUCUUCCUCCUCUCUCUCCCUCUCCUCCAUUUAUUUCUUCCAUACUAACCCCCUAAUCUUUUCUCUCACCUUCUCCGCUCUCUUCAAGUUCACCACUUUUCCCACCCGAAGGAGAAGAUACAACCGACCGCUGCUACACAGAAUCCCGAGCAAGGCUCACCAAACAAGGUUCCGCAAAAAGUGUGGACCCAAUCAUGUCGGAAGAACUUUCUCGUCCACCCCCUCCGAACGCAGGACGAGUUCGCAAGGUCUGUUAGACGAUCCAUUUGUUUCGCCACUUAUACACCCCUCGAUCAGUUAAGUUUGAAGGUCGCUAACACAAAUUGUCUCUUUUCUCUCUCCCUAGCGAAGUCGGGAACAAAUGCAGGCAGGCCCCUCGUCGGGCUCCUCCGCCUCCCCUGUCGCCACAUCUACAACUGCAACCACAACAACAAUCGCCGGCUCAGGUUUGAUUCUGCCAGGUUACCCAUCUCAACGACGCCCGUCUCCAGCAAACCGCAAUGGAGCUUCCCAGUCUUCAUCCUCCUCACAAACAAUAAUCGACCUGACAGACUCUCCCCCACCACUUCCGAGACCUGACCGGCCUGGCCAUCAUCCUCCCCUUGGCCUUGAACGAGCCGAGGUGAUUGAUGUCGAUGCUCUUCCGGACCCUCCGUCGCCGAUUCCUCACCCCAUACCACGAUUUGGUCAAGCUGAAUGGGUGGGACAGCAGUACGAUGAAGAGAUGGCUCUGUAUUUCGCUAGGGAUGCUGCGCAGGGUUUGUUGAGCGUCGGUGGCCGGAAUGGGAUAUUCUUAAGUCCCCAUCGCCGAAUUUCACCCCCGAGGCCAGUUGAACCCAAUGCGCUUUACAGUCAAGUCGGACCGGAUGCUCCCUUCCAACGUCGAUUCUAUCCACAGGCCGAUGACCCGAUGCUAGGACAUGGAGGAAUGGUGGGACCAGGACCUUCUGGCAGAAGUGCUAUGGGCGUAUACAACCCAAUGGGAUCAAACUACCCCGCCCCCCAUGGUGUCAUGGAGAUGCUCCACAGCGUUAGAGGCGCUGUGCCACGGGCAAUCAACAACCUAAGUUUACCCGCGAGAAACCGCCCCGUCGUAAUAGAUCGCGGCUUCCAACCACCCGGACAUUUAGACUACAGCCGGCGUGCUCCCGGAAUAAUCCGCGAGGACUCACCUGUGAUUGAAGAUGCCACCAGGGCCCGAAAUAUAGACUACAAGGCACCCCCGCCAGCUAGGGAGGGGUUUACCAGGAGCCCAAAAGAUAGCGACAUACUCGUCUGCCCGGAAUGCCAGACAGAGCUAGGCGCUGAAUCAACCGAUGAGACGCAGGAGCAAGUGUGGGCGUCUAAAUGUGGUCAUGUAUAGAUCUCCCUAUCCCCCACUUCUGACCGAGGUCCAGUAACUGAUAGAUUUCCGAAAAAAACAGUGCUAUUGCGGCAAAUGUGUCCACACGUUCCGUGUCCCAGCGCUUACGAAAAACGGGAAGAAAGGAGCAAGACCUAAACAGAAGCUUUGUGUGGUAUGUUCGAAAGUGAACCUUGCUGCGAAGUCGAACAUGUUCAAAAUUCAUAUAUGAUUCUUCAAUUAUCUUCUUCCUCUCCUUUCCCACUCUGUCUGCGUAACACUAUCUGCCGUGGUAGCAGGGUUGGUGGUGUUGAGGGGGGGUUUCUCCCGCUUUUUUUAUUUUUGCGAUUUGUCGAUUUUCGGUCUGGGUGGUGACUAUUCUUACUUUCACUUUGCAUCUUCCCUAUUCAGCUACUUGCCCACCUCUUACCUACCUUUUACGCACCUAACACGACAUCCCACGAGGCUCACGAUAUUAUUGCUUGUUUGCUUGCUUUGGCAGCUAUGUCCGUGGUGGCUUUGUCUGUCGUUGACUUAAUUCCGCCGUGUUUAGUUUAGUCGGAUCACGCACUUACCCGCGGAACAUAUCUUUUCCUUGUAGUACUUUAUUCCUUUUUUAUCCAAAACAAUCCAGCGUUAAUCACUCAUUAUCAUUUCUUCUUUUACCUCCCCCUUCUUCUCUUUAGCUUUUUUUUUUUAGCCUUUUUUUUUAGCCUUCUUAGUUAUAACUGCUAUUCAUCAUCGUAUUAUGGUCAUAGACGGGUCCUUUUUCCUUUCUUUCCUUUCUUUCCUUUUCUUUUUCCCCCUUUCUCCCUUUCCUCUCCUCCCUCUCUCUCUCUCGCACACACUAGAGAGGAUAUUCUCCCGCGUUACCCGCCGGUGCGUCGCCACAUUUUCGUUAUAAUUUGGUUAGUUCGUCAGGUCUACGAUAAUGGGCUCAUGGGGUGUCACUCGAGAGUGUUUGUCCUUGCUUUUACUUUUGCAUUUUGAUGUGGGGGAGCCGAUGUAGGUAGUCUAGUUUGGGGUCCUCAUUUUCGUUUUCAUUUUCAUUCUCUUUUUUUCGGGGGGGGGGGUUAAGAAUACAAAAAAAAAAAAUUGAACCCUUUUUUGUUCUAGAGAUCGUUGGAGGUUUGGAAAAUCCGCGAACGAGGCGAGUAAAAGGAUGAGGUAUCGAUGGUACUGUUCUAUGAUACCGCGCAUCUUGCCGGUAAGUAAAGCAUCAUAGUUAGUAUUAUAUAGAACCCGACGCAACCUCCUUCCUCCGCCUCCAUCCCCAUCUCCAUCCCGGCCGCCGAGAUUUACUCAUCCACAAAUUCAAAAAGUAAAAAUCACCCAGGGGAAAGCCCAACCUAUCAGUCAAGCAUGAAUAGCGAACAAAUAAAUACCAUGCAAUGUAAAUAUCAUUCUAUACCCAUCCUACAAAAUGAUGAACAGAGAGAAGGAGAGAAGAAGGGGCGGAUAUGGAGAGAGAUGGAAAAUGAUAGAUGAGAAAAAAAUACGGUAGCCACUUGUAACAGUGAGUUAGGAGGGAGAGAGAGAGAGAGAGAGAGUUGGAAACCAGAGUAAAAUAAAAAAUGAAUAGACUAGAAAAACAUCAA